AUGCUGCUCGACUUACCCGAGGAGAUCAUCAUCUUGAUACUGGAUCACCUGCGACUACCAGCUGUCGAUCAUCUUGAUAAACCUCGACUCUGCAAUAUCGAUAUCGCCGCCGCACUCGCGACCUUGGCUGCAGUCUCUCGAUAUUGCAUCCUAGCCCAACUAGUCCUGACUCAACAUCGGUUGGUCGAACCGAUCUUCAAUCGCGUGUUUCCUGGUUCUCGGCUUAGCAGUCCGCAGCUCUUUCUUGCGGCUCUUGCUAUCAAUCCAAGUCGGGUACCACUAGUCACCGAGAUCGUACUGGAUCCUACACAUUUGGAAACUGAGGAUGCCGACAACUACAAUGAGUAUGGCUACCAUGACUACGACUACGAUGGGAGAGAUCUCUUGCCAACGCAUCUGAAGGGCGGGUUGACUAUGGGGAUGCUACAAGCAACGUUUCAGACGAAGCGAUUGCCAAAGCUCCAUCGUAUGAGGCUCCUCCGUACUAUCAGCAGUGUUUGUCUGCCAUACACAGCAGCGUGGAAAAAAUCCUGCCUCCAGGCGAGCUGA